GAUAUUGAUAUCUUCGGAAGCAACAACCGCGCCGUUCGUUUGCUUUUUCCAGACUGGAUAUGGAAGCGAAGCGUAUAGGUCUGGUGGUGAAUGAGGACAAGACGAAAUAUCUCCUGUCAUCAGUUGACACUCAUAACUUUGAAGUAGUAGAUAGUUUCGUCUACUUGAGAACCAGCGUUAACAACACCAACAAUGUCAGCCUCGAAAUCAAACGCAGAAUCACUCUUGCCAACAGGUGCUACUUUGGACUGAGUAGGCAAUUGAAAAGAAAAGUCCUCUCUCUACGAACAAAAACCAAACUCUACAAGUCCCUCAUCAUUCCCGUCCUACUAACGAAGUGGUAAACGAGUGGCGCGCUCUGGUGAAUUCGGCUAUAAUCGCUUAAAGCGGUUCCCAAGCCAAAUAUAUAUAUAUACUAGCUGACCCGGCGAACUUCGCCCCGCCCAAUUUUUAUUUGAAAUAGUUAAAACGCUUUUUGAACUCUGUUCAUUGCUUAUUUGGCUGACCAUACAUAUGUACAUAACUUUAUUUAUUUCACGGAUUGUAUGUGAUUUUUUCUUAAAUUUAGAAUAUUGGAAGUCAUAGAUUCGUAUAACUUUACCACAAAUAAUAUAAACUUCAAACAACGCAUUUUCAUUUAAUGUUUUUAGCAAGUGUCAGCUUUUGUUAUGACAGCCUAAAUCCAUGAACAUUUAAAAAGAAAUAUAGCGCCAUCUACUGUUACAUAGCGUACUUAGCGCCACCAACUAGUGGAUAGCUCUUUGCUAAUAAUAAACAAAUAAUUUGCAAUAAAUAAAUAAUGCGACUAUAAGGAGAGUUAUAAACUAUCCUAUCUUUCAAGUUGGACCAAACUGCACACAGUGUUAAAAAUUUCAUUAAAAUCGGUUCAGUAGUUUAGGAGUCCAUCGAAAACAAACAAUGUGACACGUGAUUUUUAUAUAUUAAGAUAUAUAUUAGGCGUGUUUUAUUUGACCACCACAAGCUAAUAGCUAAAUCAUGGACAAAUAAAACGCAUUUAGCUUAUUUCAUAUCUUCGCUUAAAAUGAAUUGUGUUGGCAAUGCGGGCCCGAACUCUCAGCUGAAAUGUAAUUUAUUUGAAAAAAAGUUGAAUUUAUAAAUCAAAUUUCCUUUUGUUUACCGCUGUUCUAUAAUAUUCUGAGCUUGUAAGGAAUCUACAAUCAUUAUUAGAUCCGGGAUGGUCUAAAUAAAUAUGGAUAAAGUUCUAUAGAAUUUAAAAUUUUGGUUUGUUGAUAUUUUUAUCUGUCAAAAUGGGGUUUCUCGCUAUUGCCAACUACAUCUUUUUGGAAAAAACCCAACUAUUGUGAAUGAAAAAAAACGAUGUACUGGCAAUGCCUCUAGUUCAAUAUACAAGCUAUGAUAGCUUAUGACAAGCCAACAUAAUUAUGUUGGCUAAGUCUUCCAUACAAAAUAAGCUAAUAGCUUAAUUUGGUGGUCAAAUAAAACACGCCUAUUAUAACUUACUUCAUAAAUAAAAGUGGUUGACUAUAAAAAGAAAAAACUGUUUAACUUUGCAUAACAUGUAUCUAAGUUUGGCGCAAUAUAAGCCACUCUGUAGCAUGCGUGAGUUUUUUUCACCGAGAGAGUCAAUUAAGUUUAGGUUCAAAGAUAUUUUCUCUAAUAAACAUAAACAUAAGAAGUGUUUUAUUUGACCACCACAAGCUAAUAGCUAAACCAUGCCCAAAUAAAACGCAUUUAGCUUAUUUCAUAUCUUCGCUUAAAAAUGUAUUGUCUUGGCAAUGCGGACCCGAACUCUCACCUGAAAUGUAAUUUAUUAAAAUAAACGGUGGAAUUUAUAAAUCAAAUUUCCUUUUGUUUACCGCUUUUCUAUAAUAUUCUGAUCUUUUAAGGAAUCUACAAUCAUCGUUAGAUCCGGGAUGGUCCAAUUAAAUAUGGAUAAAGUUUUUAUUGGCCAUUUUGCACAUCGAAAGAAUUUAAAAAAUUGGUUUGUUUACAUUUUUAUCUGUCAAAAUGAGGUUUAUCGCAUUGCCAACUACUUUUUUUUGGAAAUCAAUCAAACUAUUGUGAAUGAGAAAACGCAUUGAACUGAUAAUGCCUCUAGUUCAAUAUGCAAGCUAUGAUAGCUUUAUAAUUAUGUUGACUAAGUAAGGAUGGAGUCAUAUGUAGAAGUGGAGGAUGGAGUCAUAUGUAGAAGUUCACGUAAGUGAGGAAAGUUUCUGACUGCCAUUCACUUGGGAGUGGCCAGGAACGAUUCUUUUACAUGUGGCUCAAGCAGCUCACAACUUCCGGUCUUAGACCAAGUAUCCUCUGGGUAGCCAACAGACAUCCGUCUGGAAGCGAGCUAAAGUGAGAAAGCGAAACCCGCUUAUGCGGUUGUGCGUAGGGUUUGGGACCCACCACAUAAAAACACCCCCCCCAAUGAAAAGAAAAAAACAGCCUCGGACGAGAGACCCCAAUUUUGAUGACGACCACUGCAAACGUUUAAAGGACUACGAAUUAAGGGCAUGCACCUGGAAUGUCCGGACCCUUAAUUGGGAAGGUGCCUCUGUCCAGCUGGUUGAUGUCCUCGUAAGAGUAAAGGCUGACAUCACCGCAAUCCAAGAAAUGCGAUGGACGGGACAAGUACGGAAGAAGGUGGGUCCUUGUGACAUCAACUACAGCGGCCAUAUAAAGGAGCGCAAAUUCGGUGUGGGAUUCGUGGUGGGAGAGAGACUCCGUCGUCGAGUCCUGGCAUUCACUCCGGUGGAUGAACGUCUAGCCACAAUCCGCAUCAAAGCGAGGUUCUUCAACAUAUCGCUGAUUUGCGCCCACGCCCCGACGGAAGAGAAGGACGAAGUGAUCAAAGAUACCUUCUAUGAGCGCCGAGAACGUACCUAUGAGCGCUGCCGCCGCCACGAUGUCAAAAUCGUGCUUGGCGAUUUCAACGCUAGGGUGGGUAAAGAAGGUGUCUUUGGCACAACAGUCGGAAAAUUCAGCCUCCAUGACGAAACAUCACCAAACGGUCUGAGGCUGAUCGACUUCGCCGGGGCCCGAAAUAUGGUCAUCUGUAGUACUAGAUUCCAGCAUAAGAAAAUCCAUCAAGCUACUUGGCUGUCCCCGGAUCGAAUCACUCGCAACCAGAUCGAUCAUGUUGUGAUAGAUGGACGACAUGUCUCCAGUGUUUUUGAUGUGCGUACGCUUCGUGGUCCCAACAUCGACUCGGACCACUAUCUUGUAGCAGCUAAGAUACGCACCCGCCUCUGUGUAGAAAAGCGCACACGUCAACAAACACAAGGAUGGUUCGACAUCGAGAAGCUGCAAUCACAACCGACAGCCGAACGAUUUUCUACUCGACUUGCACUCCUGCUCUCUGAGAGCACUCAUCAGCAUCUCGGUAUAAGGGAGCUGUGGGACGGCAUAUCAAACUCCUAAUGUACAGCUGCAACCGAAACCAUUGGCUUUCGGAAAAGCCAAAAAAACAGCUGGUAUGAUGAGGAUUGUCGUCUCGCAGUGGAGAGAAAACAGACUGCCUACCUCGCAAUGUUGCGAUCGACCGCAACACGAGCGGGAUGGGAAAGAUACCGAGAGCUGAAGAGGAAAGCGAGACGCGUUUGCAGAAAAAGAAAGAAAGAGGCAGAAAUGCGUGAGUAUGAAGAGCUUGACAAGCUGGCCGACAGGGGUAAUGCUCGAAAAUUUUACGAAAAGAUCCGGCGACUAACUGAAGGUUUCAAGACCGGAGCACACUCCUGUAGGACCCCCAGCGGUGAUCUAGUGGUUGAUGACCAGAGUAUACUGUGUUUGUGGAGGGAACACUUCUCCAGCCUGCUGAAUGGCAGUGAAAGUACAACACCAGGAGAUGGCGAACCCGAUUCCCCAAUCGACGACGAUGGAACAGAUGUUCCAUUGCCCGACCGUGAAGAAAUUAGAAUAGCAAUUACCCGCUUGAAGAACAACAAGGCGGCGGGGGCCGAUGGAUUGCCGGCCGAGCUAUUCAAAUACGGCGGCGAAGAGCUGGUGCAUGCAUCAGCUUCUUUGCGAAAUAUGGUCGGAAGAAAGCAUGCCCGACGAUUGAAAUCUCAGUGUACUCUGCCCAAUCCACAAAAAGGGAGACCAUACAAUCUGCGCCAACUAUCGUGGGAUAAGCCUCCUUAACAUCGCUUAUAAGGUUCUAUCGAGCGUACUGUGUGAAAGCCCACCGUCAACAAACUGAUUGGACCUUAUCAGUGUGGCUUUAGACCUGGAAAAUCAACAACUGACCAGAUAUUCACCAUGCGCCAAAUCUUGGAGAAGACCCGUGAAAAAAGGAUCGACACACACCAUCUAUUUGUCGACUUUAAAGAUGCUUUCGACAGCACGAAAAGGAGCUGCCUUUAUGCCGCGAUGUCUGAAUUUGGUAUCCCCGCAAAACUAAUACGGUUGUGUAAGUUGACGUUGAGCAACACCAAAAGCUCCGUCAGGAUCGGGAAGGACCUCUCCGAGCCGUUCGAUACCAAACGAGGUUUCAGACAAGGUGACUCGCUAUCGUGCGACUUCUUUAACUUGAUGCUGGAGAAAAUUAUAAGAGCUGCAGAGCUAAAUAGAGAAGGUACAAUCUUCUACAAGAGUGUACAGCUACUGGCGUACGCCGAUGAUAUCGAUAUCAUUGGAAACAACACCCGCCGUUAGUUCUGCUUUUUCCCGCCUGGAUAAGGAAGCGAAGCGAAUGGGUCUGGUGGUGAACGAGGACAAGACGAAAUAUCUCCUGUCAUCAAACAAACAGUCAGCGCAUUCGCGUCUUGGCUCCCACGUCACUGUUGACAGUCAUAACUUUGAAGUUGUAGAUAAUUUCGUAUACUUAGGAACCAACAUUAACACCGAUAAUAAUGUCAGCCUUGAAAUCCAACGCAGAAUCACUCUUGCCAACAGGUGCUACUAUGGACUGAGUAGGCAAUUGAAAAGUAAAGUCCUCUCUCGACGAACAAAAACUAAACUCUAAAAGUCCCUCAUCAUUCCCGUCCUACUUUAUGGUGCAGAAGCGUGGACGGUGUCAACAUCCGAUGAGACGGCACUAGGAGUUUUCGAGAGAAAGGUUUUGCGGAAGAUUUACGGUCCCUUAAACAUUGGCGCGAAGAGGGAGACCUCCACUCCGGUGGAAGGACCAGGUGGAGAAGGACCUGUCUUCACUUGGUAUUACCAAUUGGCGCCAAACCGCCAAAAGGAGAGAUGCGUGGCGCACUGUUGUGGACUCGGCUAUAACCGCGUAAGCGGUUUCUACGCCAGUUAAGAAGAAGAAGAAGUCUCCCAUACAAAAUAAGCUAAUAGAAUUUCAAGACUUCUUGUACAAUACUGUCAAAUACUUCAAACAGUGCUUCUCAGAAAUAUAAAAUCUUGAUUGUUAACUGUGUUUUCUAGUAUUUUAAAAUAUAAAGCCAAUAAGAAAGUAAAAUCUCUUUAUAGAAGAUAAACAAAUCGGUACGCAAGUGAAGUGGAAGUUCAAAUGGAUUUGCCCUAUUUGUAAACGCAGCAAAUCAGUUUUGGUCCCAACAUUUUUGUCAUUGUAUUUUUGCAAACAAUAACAAAACUGUUUUGCUUUAAAUUUUUGUCAAUUACUUAAUUAUCUGUCAAAUAUUCACUUUUCUCAUUACAAAUGUUUCUAAUUUUGCCGACGGCAAUGGGCUGUAGAGCUGCCACUAAUAAAUAAUAAUCAAAGCAUUCGUUGUAAACCGUAAUACCGAAUGCGAAUUUAGUCGUUCUUAAGUUCCAUUGCAGUAAUUUUAAUUCAACAGAGUUGAGUUUUAAGCCAUAAUAGGGUAUUCAAAAUAGCAAGACUUAUUAUAUAUGUAAAUACUUGUGUAUUAAUAAAAUAAAUUAUAUUUUUCAUUUUUUAAUUAAAAAAAACCGUUUAUUUAUAGAUUAGAUUUCGUUUCGUUCCUUUUCAAUGGUUGCGCAUUAAUGUUUAAGUUUGGGGAAACUUUAGUAUACUAUCCCAGGCUUUCGGUAAUAAAAUGGGUAUCGUUGGAAAGAGGAGGUUCUCCAGAUUAAGAAUAUAUAUACAAAAGUGCUACUUUUAUCUUGAAUUUUCACAAUAUAUACUUAAUAUUUUAUUAAUAUUAUGCACUUAUUUUACACUUACACUUCACCACAUUGUUUCUGCAUAUUUAUUUUAUAAAAUUUAUCACGAAAAUAGCUGUAAAUAAGUAUUUAACAUUUUACACAAAUCUCUUAAUUUCAACAAUAACAAAAAUGGUUGCAGCUUGACAAGUAAUAAGUGUUGCCAUAUCAGAUAUUUUGCAAACGAAUGAGAAGAACCAAAAUAAAUAAAUACCCAAAAUGCAGAAAACAAAUGCCCUAUAAAAAGAUUAUAUAAAGAUAAUAUAAGGAAGUUUAUGAUAUUCAGUCUAUGUACUAUAAGUAAGGGAAAUGAAAAGUUCUUUCGUGUAGAAAUACUUUCCACAUUGGCGGCAUUCGCCCGCGCUUAAAAAAAAAUAACCCUGGUCGAGCCAACACCGGGAGUUAUCAAAGUGGGGGAAAUGAAAAGUUCUUUCGUGUAGAACUACUUUCUGCAUUGGCGGCCUUCGGCCGCGCUUCAAAAAAAUAACCCUGGUCGAGCCAACACCGGGAGUUAUCAAAGAGGGGGAAUUGAAAUAUUCUUUCGUGUAGAAAUACUUUCCGAUUUGGCGGCCUUCGACCGCGCUUAAAAAAAUAACCCUGGUCGAGCCAACACCGGGAGUUAUCAAAGUGGGGGAAUUGAAAUAUUCUUUUGUGUAGAAAUACUUUCCGCAUUGGCGGCCUUCGACCGCGCUUCAAUAAAAAAAACCAUGGUCGGGCAAUCACCGGGGGUUAUCAAAGAAAAGGUAAUACCGAAAGACUUUGCAUCAGUCAUAACAUCAUUAUGGUUUGGUUUGGGGUAUAAUCCUUCUUUUUUCUGUUUAUUUUUAUUCUUUUGAUUUUUGCGAAAUAUUUGAUGUGGCAACACUGAUUACUUGUCAACCUGCAACCCUUUUUGCUAUUUUUUAAACGAAGAUUUGUGUAAAAUGUUAAAUAUUUAUUUACAGCCAUUUUCGUCAUAAUUUUUAUAAAAUAAAUAUGCAGAAACAAUGUGGUGAAGUAUAUUUGGCUCAUGGAGUUUGCCGCCAGAUGCUGGUUUGGGCUUUCAGAGUAAGAGUAUCCACAAUUGGCAAAAUGUUAUUGGAAACUUUCAGGUAAAUUCUUGGCGCAACCAAAUGAAUAUGAGUGGAGACAAAUAAUCGAUUCAUUUUACCUCAAGACAGGAAUCCCCCAUGUUGUAUUAGCUAUUGACGAAAUCCGGAUCACUUUAUUUCAGUUAUAAACAAUGGGCCUAAUCAUUGAAUCCGAUUCGAUCGAAAAAUUUUACGUCGAAAUCAUUGAAACAGUAUCGAAAAUAAAAUUCACGAUCACAUUGAACUCCGAAAAAAUGAACCGACUCGAAAAGAUACAUUUCGCCGCUAAUAGAUGUCGCUAAUUACGAAAUCAUUGAUCCGCAAAAUCGAAAAUUUUGGUCGAAAUCUAUCCGUUGAUGAGUGAGUUGCGGAAAUUUAAAAGAAUUAAACCAUUUGGAUGUUUUUAUGUAAACAAUUACUGAUGACGGAAAUUAUAUUUUAAAUGGGAGUUUUAGAGACAAGAGACAAAAACAAAAUAACAAAAAUAAAUUAAAAAAAAGCGAUAUAAAGUUGCCACCUCGAAAUAGUGAAAGAAUUUUCUCAAAGAAGAAUUUGAAGAAGAUAUUUCACAAUAGUUAAAGUCACCCACGGUGCAGUAUGAGAGACGGGCUCCAAUGUAAUGGUGCUACAAGCGGAUUCGCCAAAAUCGCUCAGGAAAAAGUCGUCACCCUCAACAAUUUCUUGGCCAUAAUUGCUCUGGGUACUGAAAAUGCAUAUACAAUAAAUAAUACAAUUAUAAAAAACACCAAACUUACUUCAUGUUAUCCAUUUCAACGUCUUUUAAAAACAUCAGGCUAUCCAGCCAUUUCCUAUUUUUAUGUGGCGAAUCCACGCAGCUUCUCGAUGGUUUCUUUUUCAUAUCCUUAUAAAAUUUAUCGCGUAGGGUCCGCCAACGUGUCAUUAGUUUCUCACCAAAAAACAUUCAAAACAUGUAUCAAUAUGAAUUAUCUGUUCGUUUAUAAAAUUAAAGAUUUACCUGGAAUGUUCAACUUUUCCGAAAGCUCCUGAAAUUUACCGUCUCUCAGGGAGGUGUUUUUGUAAUUUCGAUGGCUUUUAUCGUAUAAAAACUGGUUUCUGCUCAUAAAUUCUAUUAAUUUUUUUCCAUUUGUAUACAAUUUCAAUUAACAGCUGAGAGCAAUUCAGAAUGUGGCCUGAUAUUUCUCAAAAAUAAAAUACAUAUUUGAAUUAUGUCAGCAUUGUCAUUGUCUCAGCUCUGCGCAGAGAAAUUCAAAUGACAUGUAUUUUUGAAGUGAAAACUUCUUAUGGCGUGUUGGGCACUUUUGUGGGUGAGCAUUUUCAGCCGUUCUCGCGACAGAUGAGAUUUUGCACAGAUAUACUCCGCGUGUAUUAUUAUAAUAUAUGUAUACUAUACGCGCUCUUUGCAUGGGCAUUCGUUCGUGCUCUCGC